CCGAUGAUGCGCGCUCAGGCGCCUACGGGUUUCAGUGCUGGUGCUCGAUGCGAGGCGAGUGCGUGCGUGCGCGACGGCACGAGUGCUCCGUGUGCUGCUCGCGGCCGAACCAGUCUGUUUCGCGCUGAUCGUCGUCGCGGAGGAGGUGCGACGCGUUCUUUCGCGAUCGCGAUACGCGGGCUUGUUGAUACGAGCGCUGUCGGACGGCCCGGUCGGCAGACCUGCAUCGGACAUCAUCGAUAGGGGAUACAAUCUCGAGGGAGGGAGAAAGAGAGAAGUGUAUAACGUGCGUGCGUAGGAGCGACCGGGGUCGAAUACGCGGGUGACAGGAGCAGACGCCGGGAUCCGCCGGGGAGGCUGCCCUCGGCUGCCCGCGGAUAAAGGGCGAGAAGGGAAAUGGGCCGCUCCGCGUUUGAUACGUGAUACGUGAGCGCGCGCGCUCUCUCUUUCUCUCCCCCCGUGAGCCGCGCGUGUGUAUGUGUCGUCGUCCUCCCCGUCAUCACCGUCGUCGUUAUUGUUGAUGUUGUCAUCGCUACUGUCGUGCUGGUGUCGAGUGUGUGCGCGCGUGUGCCCGUCGCGUGAAUGAGAGAGCGGGCAGGGCUGCUGGUCACCCCGAGAUCGCGAACGUCGUCGGCGUCGAACGGAGGUCCGUGAGAACGCGGCGACAUGACGUCGUGGUGGGCGACGGCGUUGUUCCGCCGUCUGCUCGCGACCACCCUCCUGCUGCUGCCGCUGAUGUCGACGGGCCCGGCCGCGGCUUCCUGCCGAUGGAGCAACGAGGCCGGCAACGACACCCGCUCGGCGGACUGCUCGCUCCGCGUGCUGGACCCCGCCGCGAUCGUCUCCCUGGCGCCGUCGCUGGACGGCGCCCUACGGCUGCGCAUCCGGUGCAGCGACGUCCACCACUUCGAGAGCAGCCUGAACGCGCAGAGCUGGCAGCGGCUGGCCGGUCUGCACGAGCUGCACGUGCACGGGUGUAAGGUGCUGCGGGUGCCGGAGGGCGCGUUCCAGCCGUUGCUCGAGCUGAAGCGGCUGGUCGUGCAGACCUUCAACGAGGCCUGGGGCGCCGGCAGGCAUCUCGAGUUCGCCCCGCGGUCCUUCCUCGGGCUCCGCGAGCUCCACACCCUCGAGAUCGUCGAGAGCAACGUGCUGGCGCUGCCGGCGGAUCUGCUCUGCGAGCUGGACAACCUGCAGACCCUGAAUCUCACCGGGAACCGCAUCCGCGAGGUGGACGGCAUCGGGUUGACGGCGCGCGCCGUCGACGGCGAGUCCUGUCGCGCCGACAUACGCAUCCUCGACCUCUCGCGCAACGAGCUGCAGCGGCUGGCGGAGGACGGUCCGCUGUCGGGUCUGCGCCAGCUGCAGGAGCUCUACCUGCAGCGGAACGCGAUCGUGAGGAUCGAGCGCAACGCCCUGAACGGGCUGACCGUGCUGCGCACCUUCAACGCCAGCCGCAACGGGCUGGACGCGCUGCCGGAGGGCCUGUUCGGCAGCACGCGCGACCUCAGGGAGAUCCACCUGGCGCACAACGGGCUGCGCGAGCUGCCGCGCGACCUCUUCACCAAUCUCGAGCAGCUGCUGGUGCUGAAUCUCGCGAGCAACCGGCUGGGCAGCGAUCACGUGGACGAGGCGACCUUCCUCGGGCUGAUCCGGCUGAUCGUGCUCGACCUCUCGUACAACCAGUUGACGCACAUCGACGCACGCAUGUUCAAGGACCUCUACUUCCUGCAGAUCCUCGACCUGCGCAACAACUCGAUCGAUCGCAUCGAGAGCAACGCCUUCCUGCCGCUGUACAACCUGCACACUCUCGAGCUGUCGGACAACCGGCUGCACGCCGUCGGCGCGCAGCUCUUCAACGGGCUGUUCGUGCUGAAUCGGCUGAGCCUGUCCGGCAACGCGAUCGCGAGCGUCGACUCGAUGGCCUUCCGCAACUGUUCCGACCUGAAGGAGCUCGACCUGAGCAGCAACGAGCUGACCGCGGUGCCGGACGCGUUGCGCGACCUCGCCUUCCUGAAGACCCUCGACCUCGGCGAGAACCGCAUCAGCGAGUUCCACAACGGCUCGUUCCGCAACCUCCACCAGCUGACCGGGCUGCGGCUGAUCGGGAACGACAUCGGCAAUCUGUCGCGCGGCAUGCUCUGGGACCUGCCGAAUCUGCAGAUCCUGAAUCUCGCCCGCAACAAGGUGCAGCACGUGGAGCGGCACUCGUUCGAGCGGAACGUGCGGCUGGAGGCGAUCCGACUCGACGGGAACUUCCUGUCGGACAUCAACGGCGUCUUCACCAGCGUGAGCAGCCUGCUGCUGCUGAACCUCUCGGAGAACCACAUCGAGUGGUUCGACUACGCCUUCAUACCGGGGAAUCUCAAGUGGCUCGACAUCCACGGGAACUUCAUCGAGAGCCUCGGCAACUACUACAAGAUCCGCGACUCCAAGGUGAAGACCCUGGACGCCAGUCACAACCGCAUCGCCGAGCUGGCGCCCCUCUCCGUGCCGGACAGCGUGGAGCUGCUGUUCAUCAACAACAACUACAUCAACACCGUCCGGCCGAACACGUUCGCCGCGAAGGUGAACCUGACGCGGGUCGACAUGUACGCGAACAUGAUCGAGACGAUGGAGCUGGCGUCGCUGCUGCUGACGAAGGUGCCGGACGACAAACCCCUGCCGGAAUUCUACAUCGGCGGCAACCCGUUCAACUGCAACUGCUCGAUGGACUGGCUGCCGGGGGUGAACAAUCAGACCUCGACGCGGGAGUACCCGCGCGUCAUGGACCUGGACAACGCGAUGUGCCGCACCUCCGGGCCCCGCGGCCUCGCGAUCGUCACCGCGUCGAGCGCCCGCUCCGAGCAGUUCCUCUGCCGCUACGAGGCCCACUGCUUCGCCCUCUGCCACUGCUGCGAGUUCGACGCGUGCGACUGCGAGAUGACCUGUCCGGCCGGCUGCAAGUGCUACAACGACCGCACGUGGAACACGAACGCGGUCGACUGCUCGGGUCUGCGGGCCGAGGAGAUACCAAGGAGGAUACCGAUGGACGCGACCGAGGUCUACCUGGACGGCAACGUGCUGCGCGAGCUGCAGAACCACGUGUUCAUCGGCCGUAAGAACAUGCGCGUGCUCUACGUGAACGCGAGCGGCAUCGAGUCGAUCCAGAACCGCACGUUCAACGGGCUGAACAACCUGCAGAUCCUCCACCUCGAGGACAACCGCAUACGCGAGCUGAAGGGGUUCGAGUUCGAGCGGCUGUCGCACCUGCGCGAGCUCUACCUGCAGAACAACGCGAUCGGCUUCAUCGGCAACCUCACCUUCCUGCCGCUGCGCUCCCUCGAGAUCCUGCGGCUGCACGGCAACCGGCUGGUCACCUUCCCCGUCUGGCAGGUCACCCUGAACGCGCGACUGGUCGAGCUGUCGCUCGGCGGCAACCCCUGGUCCUGCCGCUGCAAGUUCCUCCAGGAGCUCUCCUCCUGGGUGUCGGACAACGCGCACAAGGUGAUCGACGCCGGGGACGUGUGGUGCUACUACGGGGGCGACGCGCGGCCGGCCUACCGACGUCGCCUCAACGUCAACGAGACCGCCUGCUCCGACUACUUCGCCCAGGGCGGCGUGAUCGAGAGCAUCAUGGUGUCGGACUACCUGCCGCUGGUCGCCGCCACCCUCUCCGCCAUCCUCGUGCUCCUCGUGAUCAUAGUGCUCGCGUUCGUGUUCCGCGAGCCGGUCGGCGCCUGGGCCUACUCCAAGUACGGGCUGCGCUUCCUCCGGGCGAAGCCCGGCAACAAGGCGGCGAGCGGGGCCGCGAGCACCGCCAUCGCCGCCGCCGCCGCCGGCGGCUGCUGCGACGUCGUCGACCGUCCCUACGACUGCUACGUCUGCUACAGCCCGAACGACGAGGACUUCGUCCUGCGCUCGCUCGCGGUCGAGCUCGAGCGCGCCGGGCUCCGGCUCUGCCUCCACCAUCGCGACCUGCCCUGCGUGCUGCGCGCCUCCGCGCCCGCCCCCGCCGUCCUCGAGGCGGUGCACGCCUCGCGGCGCGUCCUCCUCGUCCUGACCCGCGACUUCCUCCGGACCGAGUGGUCGCGCUACGAGUUCCGCUCGGCCCUGCACGAGGCGCUCCACGGCCGCGUCUCCCAGCUCGUGAUCGUCCAGGCGGGCCACGUGGCCGUCGAGGCGGAGCGCGACCCCGACCUGCGGCCCUACCUGCGCACCGCCGCCCUCGUCCUCGCCUGGGGCGAGAAGAGGUUCUGGGAACGGCUGAGGUACGCGGUACCGCCGGCCGGCGGCGCCGGCAACAACGCCGACGUCUCCGUCGAGAGCAAGUCCUCGCCGUUGGUGUACAAGCGCAACAUCAACACCUACACGCUCGACAGCGGCGUCGGGGGGAUGACGGGCGAGAAGACGUCGACGCUGCGCGGUCAGCGCGCCGCCCUCUUCAAGGACGCCUCCUCGGCGCUCGUGAUGCAGCAGCACGCGCCCCCGCCGCCGCCGCCGCCCGCCUACUCCUGCGGCGCGGUGAUACCGCAGCUGCAGCAACCCCCGUCCUCGCCGGCCCAGCCGAGGCUGACCGUCAAUCACGCUUACCGGGAGCCGCCGGCCGGCGAGGACCACAGGAGACCGCUGUCGGAACACAUCUACUCGUCCAUCGACUCGGACUACUCCACCCUCGAGAGGACCGCCUGGAGGCAGCAGCAGCAGCAGCAACCGCCGCCACCGCCGCCCCCGCCCUCCUCCGGACAGGCCUACCUGGUUUAGCUGCUCGCGACCACCCCCGGUGUUCCGAUUGCGACGUUGCCGAGAAGCCGGGACUGUGAUACCACCGUCGGCACCGGCGACGGUGGUGGCUCGAAAGGUUGUGCUCGAUCUCGCCGUUGCGCCGAGCCGCGCGAGACCACGCGUGUAUAUAAUUGAAAGACAUCGUCGCGAGGACGGAGGGACCGAGUGUGAACUGAGUGUCGUUAUCGUCGUCCCCGGAGACGCCCCCGUCGCCUUACGUGUCGCUCGGCUCGACGAUGCGCGACGAUUUCUCUUCUUCUCCGCGUUCUUCUUGUUCGCGUCCGUCGUCGGUGUGCGAUCGACGCUUCUCUCUCGUCCCCCCUCCCACCCGUCGUUGUUCCUCACUUCUUCUACUUUUGUUGUCAUUAUUGUUAUUAUUGUUCCCCCUCGUCUUCCUUUGCUCCGCUCGACGCAAUAAGACUUUCGCCCCCCCCCCGACGCCGCGGCUGCGCGUGUUGCGCGCACCCUCGGUGUAACGCGAAUUUCUGAAUGGCGUCUCGCGCGCGAGAGAGGACGCGCUCGGGUGUACAGGGUUCGCAUCGACGUUCGAUUGAGUCCCCUUCGACGAGAGAACGAGAGAGAGAGAGAGAGAGAGAGUGAGGGGGAUUCCUCACACGACUUCUCUCUCUCGGUCGCGAUCUACGAUCUUGGUGGGGAAAAGUGAGAAAUAAUCGAAUAUUUUUUCAUCAGACUCAUUUAUUCAACACUCUCGGUGUGUCUCUCGGCUCGAGCCACGAAUUGCAAAUUGAAAGUUUCAUCUCGAUCGAUACAUCUCCGGUCUCUCGCGGGUCAGAAUUCGUCUCAGCCGGACGAUUAAUUCGGACGUUUCACUCAAUGACGUGGAUUACAGGUGGUGUUGGGAGCGCCCCGUGAGUAACGUCGCUUCUCUUGUGCGAAAUUUCGCUUUAUUUAACAUUUUACUUGCGUCAAAAUUUCAUGUCAAUAAACGCAAGAAAUGUCGAUAAAUUCAGUUGGUAUUUAGAUUACAUGUAACGAUAAAUCAGACGUUCGCACGAUCAAGGUGGCGAUGUUUGUUGAACCUGAAAAAAAAAAGGACGUUACGCUUACGGGUGCCCCUGAUAAAUCGUGAGUGUAGACUCGGGGACGAGUUGGCUGGCGGGGCUGCUCGGGGCACCCUGGGUCGCCCGCGUUUACACCUCCGUUUACUUCACUCGACGACUUCUCAGCGAGCAAUAAGACGCGAGCGAGCGAGCGAACGCGCGCGCGAACGAACGAGCGGAUCGUCGAGCCGUUCCCCUCGGCGGCGAUUUCACCUUUCGUGUAAAUACUUACUUACGCUGCGCGCGCGAACCCCGUGUAAAUACGCUACUACGCAGCGUGCGCGUCUGGUGUACGCGUGUACAUUGUACAUAUACAUACACGUAAUUGACACGCGUCGUCGUCGCAUUUUUCGACCCGUGUCCUCGCCCUCCCCUCCCCCACUCCUCGCGAUAAUAGGAAUCAUGACGCUAGCUUCGACUCUGAAUUCUCGACUAGGUAGACGACUUUUUGUAAUUUUAUAUUGUCCGGUGACAGGAGAGAGAGGGAGGCGGUUUGUACGAUAUGUAAAUAUGUAUAUUCGACGCACAUUACCACCCCCGCCGCCGCGCCUCGUGUAAAAUACUACUGCGUUCGCCGCGUGUGUGAUGAGAUUGAGAGAGAGAGAGAGAGAGAGAAAGAGAAAGAGAGUGUGUGUAUGUGGGAGAGGGAGAAUCAACGAGACGUCGAGAAUGAAGAAAAAAAAGCAAAAAAAAAGAAGAAGAAAGAAAAAGAGUGAGAGAGAGAGAGAGACGCGCGCAAAGGCGAAAGGCAUGUGCGCGCCCGCGAUCCGCGCGAGCGUCCGCGCAUGUGUCGUGAGACUUAA